AUGGAAAUACCUAGUUUAAAUCUUAAAGGAAGUCCAAUUGAAAUCAAAUAUACAGAAAAUGAAGGACGAUAUGUAGUGGCAAGUAGAGAUCUAGAGGCUGGUGAAACGAUCUUGUUGGCUCGAUCGUACGUGUCAAUCGCAAGCGACAAUGUUAAAAAGAACGUUUGCAAUCAUUGUCUUCAGUAUAGUCCGUCGACUCUGGUGGAACGAUGUAGUGGAUGUCGACAAGUCUAUUGGUGUGACACGUAUUGUUACCUCUCGAAUCGUGAUAUACACAAACACUAUGAAUGCAAAUACUUUAAAAACUUUAACAAGGAUUAUUUGAAUCAACAAUCAACUGCAACAACUUCUGCCACUUCGCAGUCUUCAUCAUCUACUUCAUCAUCUACUUCUUCUUCUCAACCACCUCUUGCAUAUAAAUUCGAUGAUGAUGAUUGGACUGAAAUUAGAAUGUUGGUUGCUAUUCUAUCGAGAUUUAUAGCGAUCAAGUAUUUGGGUGUCGGUGAACUAAAGGCUGAAAUGCCAACUAUACAAGGCAUGACACUCAACUUUGCAGACAGUACACUUCAAGACGUACUCAGUCUCGUCGAAAACAAGAUCACAGAAUCAAACAAUAAGGCAGCAUGCAAAUUGAUCAAUUUGAUUGAACGAUAUGUAACCCUUUUAAUCAAAGAUGUACAUCAACCACAAGAUCACACCAACAAGAAAAAAAGACAACAACAACAAGAGGAAAGUCAAGUACAACUACAACAACCCAAACUAAAUGAACAACAACUUGAUGAAAUAAUAUCAAUGAUUAGACCAAUAACGUGUAAGAUUAGAUGUAAUCAAUUUGGUAUAUGGUCAAAAAAGGAUAAAUGCUUGGGAGUGUCGGUCACACCUAUCGCUAGUUAUUUCAAUCACUCUUGUUGUCCCAAUAUCGUUGAUGUUCGUGGAACGACAUUGUUGGAAUUCAAAGCACUUCAUUUCAUUCCCAAAGGAAGUCAAUUGUGUAUAAGUUAUUUGGAUUUGGAUCAAACUACUGAUUCCAGACAAGACUAUUUAAUUUAUUCAUAUUAUUUCAAAUGCGGAUGUAAAAGAUGUAAUGAUAAAGGAGAUUCAAUAGAUAAUUGGAUUUCUCAAUUCUAUUGUCAAGGUACAAAAAAAUGCUCUGGAACUUAUUUCUUAGAGGAUGAAGAAAGACAAUUACAUAAAGAUAUUUUGACAAAAUCAAAUGAUAACACCUCUGCAACCACCACCGCUACUACUAACCAAACAAACAAAGUAAAUCUUACCUGCAGUUAUUGUUGGAAGAAACGACCAUUUAAAUUGGAAACAUUAUUAAAUCCACCAUCCAACCUUAUUUAA